AAAGAAAGCAACACCCGUUUUUACGAUGCCGAAAGGGGAGGUUAAAUGCGAGUUUCAGUGUGAUUGAAAUCACGUUUAAGGCUGUCGUUCGGGUUCUCUCUCUCUCUCCGUACUGCCGUGCUCCCCGAGUAUCGCCGCUGCUCUCCGCCUCCGUUUCGAUCACCGCCGACUUCCAGCUUCCAAAUGGUUAUCCCUCCUCCAGUAAGGCCAGAAAGAGUGAUGAAGUAUCUCAAACCCUAUGUCUUAAGGAUGCACUUCACAAAUAAAUAUGUAAAUGCGCAAGUUGUCCACACGCCAACUGCAACAGUAGCCUCUGCUGCCAGUACACAAGAAAAGUCCCUGAGGCUGAGCAUGGAAAAAGCUAAAGAAAGCACUAGGGAUGUAGCUGCGGCUGCAAAAAUUGGAAAGAUACUUGGAGAGCGCUUACUGCUUCAAAAUAUACCUGCUGUUGCAGUAUUCCUUAAGAGAGAUCAGAAAUAUCAUGGCAAGGUGAAAGCAGUAAUUGAUUCGUUAAAGGAGGCAGGAGUAAAGUUGUUAUAGAUAUGCAACUGGUUUCCAUAGCUCUCAUCUGAUGCUCUGCAUUAAGGAACCAAAAGAAAAAAAGAUGUUCAGAGCCCUAGUUUUAUUUUGUCUGUUUUAGAGGAUCAAAGAAAACAUCAAUAUGAAGGCAGGUGAAUAACACUCAAACUAUGAUCUGCACGAGUUGGCAUGUUGAUUUUUGGUUGUUUUGUUGCCGUAGUAGAAUUGAGUUUUCUUGAUGGAGCCAUUAG